UUUAUACAUGAUUUUAUAAUGCUACAGAUAUCUGUAGUUAUUAGUUUGGAUGUGUUUUGGGGUGAGAACUUGUAGAUUUUUUGAGAUUCCUGAGCGAUUUAAAAUUAUAAACUCGUAAAAAUAUUAAAUUUCAUUUUUAAAAUUAUUUUAAACAAUGAUUUCCGCGUGUUUUAUGUGUGAUUUUGGAAUGAUAGUAGUAAUCUCCAGUUUAAACCUGUAAACUCUGGUGUUAUAAACUUAAAUAUUGUUUAAUAGUAAGAAAUGAUGAUUUGCGGAUGAUUUAAAGUAAUGUUUGAUAUUGCACUUGAAAUUUCCCUAGUGUAGAUAAUUUAAUUUAAAUUUCCGGAACAUUAUUUUUUCCUCCUAUUCACCGAUUUUAACACUGGAUAAUAAUUAUUUUACGGGUGAAUGUUGUUUAGUUUGUGUUUGGGCGGGUACGGUUUUGGGUGUGGAAUCAAGGAAGGUGUGUGAUGAUGCAUGUUAGUGGGCACUUGCGUCAGUUCAAAUAAACUUAUUUUACACUGAACAUUUUUACUUUUACCCCUUAAUUGUAUUUUUUUAAUCUUAUAAUUUAUUCCAUUUGUUACAAAUUUCGGUUUUACCAUUUUUUUCCACUCUGAACGCAAUGGCAGAUCUCACCAAACGCAAACCUCACUCAACUUCUUUCGUCGAUCUCACACGAUUCCUAGAUAGUGGUGUGUUGACAUUAUUUACGGUGUUGUUGUCUUGCACUUUUCUAUUUAUGUUUGGGGAGCUUUUGAGACUCAUGAAUAACCUCGAAUUCCUCAACCACGAACUCGUCAAAAAAGGACUCAAUCGCCUCUUCCCAUUCCGGAGAAACUUUGAGUUCAAUUUGACGCAUUCUCUACUAUUUUCAGUAUGCGUUUUACUUCACAGUUUCAGGAGAUCAAACUAAUCCAUAAUCUCAUACCACACAUACC